ACAAAGCUACUAGUUCAAAGGGACUCCCUCCUUUUCACUACUUGCAAAAUUUAUUUCUUGUAAGAAGAAAAAACAGAGAGAGAGAGGGAGAAAAUUAAUAAUGGCUAGCAUUGCAUCAUCAGUAGCUGUUAGGCUUGGGCUAACACAAGUGUUGCCCAACAAAAACUUCUCAUCUCCAAGGAGCACUAGGCUUGUUGUCCGGGCUGCUGAAGAGGCUGCUGCUGCACCCGCUGCCGCAUCGCCCGAAGGUGAAGCACCCAAAGCUGCUGCUAAGCCACCACCAAUUGGCCCCAAGAGGGGUUCUAAGGUGAGAAUCAUGAGAAAGGAAUCAUACUGGUACAAGGGUGUUGGCUCAGUGGUUGCUGUUGAUCAGGAUCCAAAAACAAGAUAUCCAGUUGUGGUGAGAUUCAACAAGGUGAAUUACGCGAAUGUAUCAACCAACAACUACGCACUGGAUGAGAUUCAAGAAGUUGCAUGAUCAACUCUGUUAUAAGUUUGCGAAAUUUCCAAACAUUUAGAUGAAUUAGGAGCUAUUUCUGCUGUGUGUAUCCAAUGUAAAUCUACUUCUUUUGAGUAUCAACUUCUUUGCCCAUGAAACUUGUCAGAUAUGCUCCUCAUCAUCCUAAGUAUUCACCAUAUUCUUUCCUUAUUUAUAGAAUACUUGACCCAUCA